AUGCUGGCCACGUCUAACAGGAACUUUGAAGUGAAUGCCAGCGGCGAGGGGCCUUCCGGGGGACUGGCGAUUGUGACCGGGGUGUCCACCGCAAACGUGAUUGCCACUCUCUUGGAGGACGAUCCAGUCGGGGUGUAUGCUCUCGACGCGGUGCUUCUUCCACCCGAGAUCUUCCCACUCCACUCCACGCUGCCCGCCAGCAUUGCACCGUCGCCUACUCCUCCGGCCACCGUUCCACCACCAAAGGCUGUUCAAGCGCCAGCUCCGGCUCCAAAGCCGGCUCCACCACCUUCGCCUUCGUCUUCUCCUUCUCCACCACCACCCGCGGCUUCUCCUUCUCCACCACCCGUGGCUACGUCUCCUCCUCCCGUGCAGAGCUCAUCAAAUUCCUCCUCGUCGAGCUCCUCGAGCUCGUCUCCGGCAGCCGAAAAUGGGACUAGUGCCGAGGCCCCAGUCGCCGCAGAAGGUCCACUGGCGGAAAGGUCCGACACCCGGAAGUUUGCGCAUCGGUCUACAAAUGCAAGAGUGGUGCUCGAUCACUCCAAGACUGUAGAGACAAGUUCAGAGGUGCCAGCUGUCCGCGGCCGAGAAGAGGCGGGAGGUGCGAGAAGCGCGGCAACAGGAGUGAAAGAACGAGGGCAGCUAAAGGUGGCAGGAAGAGGAGAAGACGAAGCAAAUGGAGAUCUGCGCAGAGCUCGUCCGUGGUGGGACGAAGCUUCCGCGGCAAUGCCAUGUUAUGAUUUUAAUCGAGUCUAA